CUCUGCAACAAAAAGAGGGACGAUAAAAAAUGGGCUGUCGGUUUAGCGGAAGUGAUUUGAGCGAGUUGAAGAUCCCGUAGACGUCACAGUGACGUAGCCACGACUCAAAAAUCAUGGCGGACGAAGUGGAGCAGCAACCGAGCACCAACACCGUUGAAGAGCCCCUCGACCUGAUCAGACUCAGUCUGGACGAGAGGAUCUACGUCAAAAUGAGGAACGACAGAGAGCUGCGAGGACGGCUACAUGCCUACGAUCAGCACCUGAACAUGAUUCUGGGAGAUGUGGAGGAGACGGUGACCACGGUGGAGAUUGAUGAGGAGACGUACGAAGAACUAUACAAGUCGACCAAGAGGAACAUUCCCAUGCUGUUCGUCAGAGGUGACGGCGUUGUCCUCGUAGCGCCACCCCUACGGGUGGGCUGAGGCCAGGUUCCUUUAAAAAAAACAACCUGAGCUGUUUUUCUGUUUUUCUUUUUUUUCUAUAUAUAUAGCUUUUUGCAUUAUGUCUGGAUUUUUAGGUGAUGUUGAUUCCUCAUAAGCAAAUAACCACCACUUUGAGUUAUAAAGCUGUGAUCAAAUAAAUAUCCCUUGGUGACAAAAA